AUGUCAAGUUCUCCUGUUAACGAAUAUCUAUCUUUGAAAGUGCAUCCAACUAUUCAUUUGGAAGAUUUACCUGAUGAUAUUUUAGAUCGAAUAAUAGAUUAUAUAUUAUACCCACCAGAUCUGAUCCCACUAUUACAAGGAACGAAAUCAUUAAUUGAUAUUCCUAAAUAUUCAUAUAUUUCUAAUAAAGCUCGAAUUUCGCAUGCUUUUAAAGAUAUCCUUUCAUUAUCUUCAACUUGUUCAACAUUAAGAAUAAAAUUAUCCCCAAGAUUAUUUCAUACUUUAAGUUUAAUUCGACUGAAUCAAAUUGAUGCUAUUUUGGCUACACCUAAAUCACAAGAAGCUUUUAGUGAUAAAAAAACAAUUCAUAGGGAAUUAUUUAAAGAAUUAAUUAAUUCAAAUAUUGAAUCUUGUGGGAAUUCAGAAUUAGCUAGAUCAAGUUUUAAAAAUCAUAUUAUUGGUGAUAAAUCAUUUAAAUCAAGAUACGAGAAUUCUUUAUUAAUGACUAGAUUUAUAUCUUAUUUAGAAUGUGAUAACUUGUCAUUAAAUAAUGAUGAUUUACAAUAUUUCCCAAAUGUUACAGCAUUAAGAGUUUUGGAUGUUGGUGUGAAUGAUUUAAUUACGACUCAAUUUGAAUUAUCAAAAUUGGAAUAUUUGGCAAUUAACGCUAAAACAUUAAUCAAUUGUCCAUUUCUAUUAAAAUCUGUCAAGAGUCUUAAAAGAUUGGAUUUGUUUUUAGAUUACGGGAAUCUACCAUUUGAUAUAGGGAUAACCCCAUUGAUUAAUGAAUUACAAGAUAAGAUAGUUCUCAAUGAACUUGUAUUGUUUUUAAAUAAUUCAUAUACUAUUGGAUAUCUGGAUACAAUUCGUCUUUUACAAGAAAUUAAAAAGAAUUCCACUAAUUUUGAAAGAUUAACCAUUCGAUAUAAAAGAAGAAAAAGUGAAUCAACUAUCGAUCAAAGUAAAUGGGUAUUAUACGAAGGAUGUAUUGGAGAUGUUUUACUCGAUAUAUUUGAAGGAUUAUUAGAACUUAUUCUUGAUAUUUCAAUAUUGGAUAUAAUUAAAUUCCGUCAAGAAGCAUAUAUAUCAGCAGUAAGACCAUCUACUUCGAUAGUCAAUCGACUGUUAACUUUAGUUGAUCAAGCCGUUGUUGGACCAACUAUAUCAGUGAAUACUAGAGAAAACACAGGAGUGGUUAUUCGUCACUGUCAAUUCACAAAUUUGAAUUUUCAAUAUGGUGAAUCAAUUGAAGAAUCUCAUAUGCAUGUAAUGAAAUUAUUAACUGAUUUUGUUCAAUGGGUAAGUAAUGGAAGAGUUGACAAAGAACAAAAUUAUACUGGGAUAAAAUCAAUUUCAUUAGAGAAAUGUUGGUCCGUUACUGAUGAUUCAUUAGUACGAGAAUACAUUAGUGAUUUAAUAUCAUCAAAAUCAACAUCAACGUUAAAUUCAAUCAAACCUUGGGUUACUUCAAUGUAUAACUCGCCAAGAUACAAAGAUGCAGAAAGUUAUAAUGUAACUUAUGUUAAAGAAAUGGGGAUGCGUAUUAUGGAUUCAAGGGGUUAUUUAAUUGGUGUUUCCGAUAGUGAAAUAGAUAAAGCGGUGUUUACUACUGUUGAUAAAAAAAAUGGAAUAAGAUAUGUUAAUACUAGUUUUUGGAGUGGUGAAUCUUCAUUAAUUGAUUUUGAACAAUAUUCAAUACAACAAAGAAAGAGUUUAUUAUGGGGUUGA